AUGGAGUUGUUUCCGGAUGCUUACAAUCUUUCGAAAUUAAAGUUUGUAGCGGUGGCGGGAAUGGGUGGAUGGGUGAAUGGUAGGUGGGAGUGGGGGGAUUUCGGUAUUUUGUCGGCUAAUAGUUCGGGGGCAGCCAUGGUGGCGGUUCACGACCUUCGUUCUUUCCUAGAGGUGGCGCACCUGGUGGGGAUGGAGUUGGACGAAGUGGAGUGGUUGGCGAAAGCGGAUAAAAAGUUCUCCAUCAAAAGUUCCUAUCUUCUUUCUAAUGCUUUUCAUGUUCCUUUUGGCCCCGAAAAGGAAUUUUUUACUUCUUUUAGUAGCCUUUGGAAUUUGGUGGUGCCUCAAAAAAUUAAGGCUUUUGGAUGGAGGUGCUUUCUUAAUAGAUUGCAUACAAGGGAUCUUCUUCUUGUUAGAGGUAUUUCUUUCUCUAAUUCUAUUGCUUGUGUGUGUUGUGGUUUGGAGAGGAAAUCUUUGUAUCAUAUCUUUCUUGGUUGUGGGGUCUCUGCUUUAAUUUGGAAGGAGAUAAUUUCUUGGAUUGGUUUUGUUGAUUUUGGUUUUGGUUGUAUCAUGGGGAGUUUUUUGAAGUGGUGUAGUUUUUGCAAAUCCAAGAAGGUGAUCAAACCCGGUAGAGAAGGAACUAUUUGGUUGGCUAUUUUAUGGUCGAUUUGGAAGCUUAGAAACGGGAUUAUUUUCCGAAAUGAUUCGUGGAGUGUUUCCGAUACCGUUUGGAGUAUAAAGACUCUUGUUUAG